CUUCAGUAAUCAUAAUGGCGGGUACGGGUUUAGUGGCCGGAGAGGUUGUGGUGGAUGCACUGCCCUAUUUUGAUCAAGGUUAUGAAGCGCCCGGCGUUCGCGAGGCGGCUGCAGCGCUGGUGGAGGAGGAAACUCGCAGAUACCGACCCACAAAGAACUACCUGAGCUACCUGACAGCCCCAGAUUACUCAGCUUUUGAAACUGACAUAAUGAGAAAUGAGUUUGAAAGACUGGCUGCUCGACAACCAAUUGAGUUGCUCAGUAUGAAACGGUAUGAGCUUCCAGCCCCUUCCUCAGGUCAGAAAAAUGAUAUUACUGCAUGGCAAGAAUGUGUAAAUAAUUCUAUGGCCCAAUUAGAACAUCAAGCAGUUCGAAUUGAAAAUCUAGAACUAAUGUCGCAGCAUGGAUGCAACGCCUGGAAAGUAUACAAUGAAAAUCUGGUUCACAUGAUUGAACAUGCUCAAAAAGAGCUCCAGAAAUUAAGGAAACAUAUUCAAGAUUUAAACUGGCAGCGAAAGAAUAUGCAACUGACAGCUGGGUCCAAAUUGAGAGAAAUGGAGUCAACUUGGGUAUCCCUGGUUAGUAAGAAUUAUGAGAUUGAACGGAGUAUUGUACAACUAGAAAAUGAAAUCUAUCAAAUAAAGCAGCAGCAUGGAGAGGCAAACAAAGAAAACAUCCGGCAAGACUUCUGA